GGUGGUUUAAAUAUCUCGGAGCUACCGGCAUGAGCCGAUAUUUGGUUUUUGUUACAACCGUUCGCUUAUUGGUGACUUUAAUUGUGCUACUAUCAGUUCAUACGCUACUACGCUGGGAUUGAUAUGCGAUUAAUGUUGAAUGAGAUGAACUUGCAGUUGUAAUUGAUACUAGUUUUAGUGUAUGGAUAAAAUCGUAGAUUUAUUUUGACCGAGUUGUAUAUUUUUAUCUAUAAAAAUGACUUUAAUAUAUUAUAUAAAAAUACAAAUAUUCCUGAUAUGUGUAACUUGUUCAUUAUAUGUGGAUGGAACGGAGUAUUCGAUACGGUUAACUGAUACGGGGAAAGUUAAAGGCUUUGUUGACACUGUGCAUGGACAUAAGAAAGUGGAGACAUUCUUCGGUAUCCCCUUUGCAAGUCCGCCUGUCGGAAAUCUAAGAUUAGAGCCACCAGCUCCUGUGCGACCAUGGAGCAACAUCCUAGAUACACUGGAGUUACCCUCCGCCUGUCCCCAGCCAACAGAGGGUGUGGCCUACAUCGAGUAUCACGUGCCGGGAUUCAACAGGACAAGCGAGGAUUGUCUAUACAUGAACGUCUACCUUCCGAGGGGUACCCACCACCGCAAUCUCCCUGUGCUUGUUUUCAUUCAUGGGGGCUCUUACCAGAACGGUAUGGGUGCCAUGUUGGAUGGCUCGGUCCUCGCUUCUCACGGUGUCGUCGUUGUAACCUUUAACUACAGGCUUGGGCCCCUAGGAUUUCUAACGUCUGCGGACGACAGUAUAACUGGUAACUACGGGAUGCUGGACAUGAUAGCGGCCCUCCAGUGGGUACAGCGGAACAUCGGUCACUUUAACGGCGACCCAAACCAGGUCACUAUUGACGGCCACAGCGCCGGCGGCUGCAGUGUUGGGCUACUCCUUCUGUCUCCCCUAGCUAAAGGUCUGUUCCAUCGAGUAAUCCAACAGAGUGGCUCUCCACUUGGUCAUUGGUCGGUCUCACGCCACCAACGGGGACCUACCUUCGUUUAUAACAUUUUUACUUCCUCGAUAGACUGCCAUCGAAAUUCUUCCAGUGAAACCAAGCGCUGCAUCCAGGCGCUAGACUCGCAGACGCUUGAACAUAUAAUUAUGGAAGAAUUUGAGUGGAUGACGUCGCUGACGCCGCUAUACCGACCGGUGGUCGACGGCCACUUCCUACCGGACACGCCCGAGCAUCUGGUCACUUCCGGUGCCUUGAACGUGAACUCAAUCCUCACUGGGGCCACUAAGGACGAAGGGUUUACCGCAGCUAUCCCAUUAAUCAAGUUGUUCGGCGUGGGUAAAACCGGCUACCGAAAGUUGCUUUCGUUGAUGAACAGUUUCCGAGGCGACCUACCGGAAAUAAACGGCGUUGUUGACUCUGUGUUGAAAACCUACAUUAAAUUGGGAAUGAAAGAUAUCUCUGAUGACGAAAUUCAAAGUAAUUUUGCUGAGAUUGUUGGUGACUACUUUAUCACGGCGCCGACGCACCUUUUUGCGGAGCGGCUGUCUUUACGUAACGUGUCCGUUUACCUCUACAACUACGAGUACCGCUCCGUAUUCGACCCGUGGGAAGGCGUGAUACACGGGGCUGAGCUGUUCUACCUGUCCGGUUGUCCGUUCACGGGCAGUAAGAACUUUAGAUAUGAUGAAAAUGACAAGGAGAUGUCAAAACUUCUCCUAUUGCUAUGGACAAACUUUGUCAAGCAAGGCGUUCCAACGCUGGAACCAAGGGCGCACUUUGCAUUUCCCAAGUUUAAUACCAGAACAAAGCCUUACGCCAGAAUAACGUCAUUACAAAAACCAACAAUUAUAUUUGCACAAAACCUACGAGGAGACAAAAUGUCAUUUUGGAACAAGAAAGUGCCAGAAAUGUUUAAAGAAGAAAUGAAACUCAAGACUAGACAUUAUGAAAAUAUUCAAAUAUCAACAGCGGACAACAAGGACUCUGUGUACUUUUCUUUGAGAACUGAUAGAAACACUUGGAUUCUGACAUCAGUUUGUAUAUGUUUGUCGGUAUUAACGAUAGCAUUGACCGUCGGGUAUUAUAAAAUGAGACGAGAGGUAAGUAGACUGUUAAGACAAAACAGCACGUCCAGUGCCGAACGCAUGCUACCUCAUCCGAGCAAAGUUUGACUGUAGGAACACAAAGAAGUCGAAUAACAUGUUCGCUUACGUGUUACCGUUUUCUCGGCUGGCACGAGACGAAAAACCGUGGCUGCAUUUUAUGUAAAAGCGAAGACCAAUAAAGGGCUGAGGUCAAGAUCUACCAGUAUUUGACCGCCUGAACCAGGCCCGAUUCAUUCGGUCUCCAUUCGCAAUCUGACUAACAUUCAAAGUCAAUUAUAAGUGCACCACAUCUGUUAAUACAGGUGACAUUAACAUUCGUGCGAUAUAUUUAUGUACAGUCAAUUGUAUAUACAUAGACCUUUUUGGUAAUCCACACUGUUGUAUGACAUAUCAUCAUUCGUUUAUUAUAAAAUUAAUUGGUGCAGACGUAUUUGCUGUUCAAAGAACCAGGCAAAUUAAGGAACUAUUGUUUAUAAAUUAAAUGAAUUAAAAAGAGUCUGAUUUCAAAAUGUGUUAUCCAACCGCAAAAAUAUGUCAAAUCGUUACUUUUAGGGUGUGUGUGUUCAUAAUUAUGUCAUGAACUUAGGUCACCCUUAAAAAAUGAAUAUUAUUGCAAAAACAAACGUGUGGUUUCAUAAGCAUUUAAAUUAUUAUUAACUUCUUCUUUAUAUUUUGCAAAUGACUAGAAUCUAGAGUAAGGAUAUUACUUUUAUCUGUUCCGAUAUUUAUCUAGACAUGAUUAAUCUAGGACAUUUAUGAGUGCGAUGAUUAACCAGUCCAGCUGUCGACAUUUUAUCCUGCAGACUGUGACAUAGAAUAGGAUAUAUUUAUAUCGCAAAGACGUUGCAUUACAAGUUUCUUUUAUAUGUUACAAGUACGAUACAAAUUAAAAUUUCGUCACAAGAGGAUACCUGUGGAGUAUCCGCGCCAUAUAGGGAAGGUGAAAGGGUUUUGUGCUUAAAUCGAGGACUUAUGGUAUAAAAGACUAUCAUAUUUGUGUCCAUUCCAUAGAAAAUGUAAAACAACUUGUUCAGUACAUGGAAAAUAACUAUUUGGGGGUAUAUUAUUACAUGGCACUUGUGAUUGUCUAAACUCUUUGGGGUUCUUGUGAAAUUUCACCAAUAGACAUUCGUAGUUAUAUAACUUGACCAUGAUACACUACACAAGAUGUAUUUCUGUGGAUCAAGAGAAAUAUUUACUCACGAAAAAACGCAAACAAUAGACAUGUGCAAUACAUUUUUAAAUAUCAAAACAUGUAUAUUUGUGUAGGGGUUUGUGCAUUCGACUUCUCCUUGUGUCCAGGAAUUGUCUUAUAUAUCUUUUUUAAUCAAAUGUUCUGCCAUAUAAAAACAGAUUGUAUUAACAACUUUUUAGUCAAUUUUGAUAUCAUUUGAAGGUGACACAUUUAUAUAGUUAAUCACCUUGGUUCUGCAGUAUACGAAACACCAAAUACAAGACAAAUAAAAUCUGAACCAAAGUGCAGCUAUGCAAAACAAAAUAUUCUAUAAAUACUGAUACUUAAUUGGUUUGAUCUUGAGAAGCAGAAAUUCACUCUUUCUUUAACAACAGCUAAUAUAUAGCUGAUAUUGUGAUAAAGUUUGCCAAAGUCAAAGAUUCAAGUUAGUUGUGCAGUUAGGAAGAGUAUUUUGUAAAUGUCAUGUGCCAUCAUUUCCUAUUUGUUUAAUGUAUGUUAUAUGGUUGUGAAAACUAUGUACAUUCCCAUUAUAUAGAAUAACAUGCCGUUGACAUUUUGUGAACAUGUUUUACUUGUUGUGGUAUAGUUUGAUUAUUAAAAAAGUUUAAGGUGUGAAGUUUCAUCAUUAAUUACUUUACCCUGGAUGAUGGUACGAUCAUGUUAAUAUAUAUUUAUGAUUUUCAUA